AUGCGCUCAGAUGGAUCUAUCUUAUCUCCGGCAUUCCAUGCGUUCGUGGACGAGGUCAGAGAGAAUGCCUCAGUCCCUGGGAUAUCUGUCGGCGUAGUUCGGCUCUCUGGAGACAACACAAAGCCACAGGUGGAGCUGGCCUCUUGGGGCCGCAAAACCGAAGACGGAGAUGCCAAUGAUCUCACCACAGAUGCGUUCCUCGCAACCUCCGUCGGGCUGCUGAUCGACGACUUUGCGCAAGGGCGCAACGUAACGCCUCUGCCCGCCGGCACGGCGCGCCUCGACUGGGACACCAAGAUCGCGGCCAUUCUUCCUGACGAAUGGCUUCUCGACGACGAAUGGACGACACGCGCGGCGAGCAUACGUGAUGUGCUCGGGCAUGUGUCUGGGAUGCCGCGACACGACUUCUCUUACGCUGUCGGAGACACCGCGCAGGACAUAGUGCUCCGCAUGCGCCAUCUCCGCACCGCGUAUGAGUUGCGCGAAAAGUAUUCGUACAACAACCAGAUGUUCAUGUUGGGCGCGCACAUCGUCGCGAAGUACGCAAACACGUCGUACCCCGCGUUCGUGACGGAGCGCCUCUUCAAGCCGCUCAACAUGUCCUCGACCUCGCUCUGGCCGUCUGAGGCUCACGCGUCGGGGAAGCUCUCGCAAGCGUGGACGCGUACGGGCAGGCGCACGCCGUUCUGGUUCACAGAUGAGGCGGUGCCGCUCAACGCCGGCGCGGGCGGCAUCAUCUCCAGCGCGGAGGACAUGGCGAGGACCCGGUUGUUCGACCAGGUUAACUGGCUGGCGGUCCUGCUCAAUAAGGGUGUCGAUCCCGGGUCUGGCGACAUUGUCUUCCCACGCAGCGUCUACGACGCUGUGACCACCGCCCAGUAUAUUGUUUCCGGCCGUCCGACUGAGCAGUAUGGAGCCGGGAUCGUGGGGUAUGGCAUGGGUUGGACUCGCUGGACGUACGGAGACAUCGAGAUGGUCAUGCAUACCGGCGGGAUCCCUGGCUUCACCACGUUCACUACGUUCUCGCCGAGCAGCAACCUCGGGGUCAUCAUCUUGAUCAACGCGGACGAGCAGGCGACGCCUGCGCGUGCGAUCCUGAAGCGCGCGUUCGACGAUGUCCUCGGGCGUGCCUCCUCCGCGUUUCCCUUCGAUGAAGCGUACGUCCGCGCUGACGAAGAGCCUCCUCGCCUCGACGACGACUCGGACGCGGCAAGCGAACCCGCGUCGCUCGACCUCUCCGCAUACACGGGCACCUACACCUCCCCCGGCUAUGGCACCCUCACCCUCUGCGCCCCGAGCGCCGCCUCAAACGCCUCCACCACCGCCACCAACACCACCACCGCCUCCGCCUCCUGCCCCGACGUCCUCGCCGCCUUCGCAUCCCUCGGGCCCGUCGCCCCGGGGCUCUACGGCGCAUACCCGCGCGUCUUCGCCACGCACGUGCGCCUCGCGCCGCUCCCCUCGGACUCGGAGUUCGCGCUCACGCUCACCGCGCUCUUCCCGCACGGGUACGGGGCGGACACGCGCGCGUUCGAGCUGUGGGAGACGGGCGAGUCCGAGGGGCGCGUGCGGUUUGAGCAGGGCGCGGACGGGGUGCCGGUGGGGUUCGCGCUGUUUAUUGACGACGAGGCGGUCGCGGCGCGUCGGCGGCGCAAGGGGGGCGAUGUGAGGGAGGCGGCGGAUGCGUGGUUUGCGAGGGUGAGUGCUUGA